UAAAUACGUCUCUCACCUCCUUUCUUCUACCUGCAGUCAUUCAUUCCAAGAGCACGCCAUUCCUGAAAGACAAGGCCAAGAUUGUCGCCGGCAGUUGCCAAGACGAGAGGGGGGAAAAACAGGGCGAGAUCGAUGACUAUGAGCAGUGGGCAGUCGUCGCCGAUGGAGUCAAGCAGUAGAGCAUGUCCACAUAGCGACGCCCCGGCGGUGUGCUCCAAUAAGCUGUGCCGCGGGAUGAAAGCCGUCUACCUCGUCCUCGUCAAGAAGCACCAGCCGAAGCUCGCCGCGCUCGGAGUCCACCUGCACCACCUCCUCUCCAGAAGCAAGCGCCGCAGCAGCCUCGCCGCGCGGGAGCAGAACCCGGCGCUGAUGUCCCUGUCGUCGUCGCUGUCGUGCCGGUCCAUGGACCCCGCCGCCGCGGUGGUGCACCCGUACCCGCGCAGCCAGGGCCACCGCCGCCGCGGGUCGUUGUCGAGGCACGCGGCCCCGUCGCUGUCGUGCCGGUCCAUGGACCCCGCGGCCGCCGUGUGCAAGUACCAGUACCGUCCCCGCGAGGUGGAGUUCAGCUGCAAGAGCACGCCAAUGCAUAGGCGCCGGCGCGAGGAUAAGCGGCGUCUGCGCCUGCAGAGCCGCGCCGCCGAGCAGGGACGCGACCGCCCGUCGUCGGAGCCGGAGUACUACGGCUCGGCCGCGGCGGUGACAAGGCUGUUCGCGCUCAUGGACGUCGAGGAGGUCGCCGAGGCGGCGGACGGCGGCUACGACGGCAGCGGCGAUCUGGACCUGGACCUGGAUGACGCCGCGGUGGCGGCGUGGUCGGCGCCGCGUCAGGUGCGGAUCACGGACUCGCCAUACCUGCCGAGGGAGGAGGACAACGAGGAGAGGAGCGCCGUGGACAGGCGCGCCGACGAGUUCAUCAUGUGGUUCCACGAGCAGCUGCGGACACAGCAGCAGCAGCAGCUCAGCACGGUGCGCAACUGGGGGUCAGAUAAGGUGGUGGUGCAGAAGCAGCAGACCGACUGGCCCUAGUAGUCUUGUGAUUUUGUGAAUAGUUAGUUCAUGCAUGCAUCAAUCGCAUGCAUUACGUAUUAGAUAAAGGGUGCAUCACUUUAUUUGGACUUUGGAGACGCAUGGAUCGAUCGAUGCGCAGCGCACUCAUGAAACAUUCUCAUACGGUACGUACGUAGUUCUACUUUUAUUUUGACAGUUUUUUUUAUGUAUUUGAGUUGCAGUGCUUCGUUUUUGUCGCCUUGAAGUUGAAGGAUUGAACACGACACUCCCUGAACUUGUUUGUCAUAUCUUUCAGUUUC